AAUAGAAAUUAAUGUGUAGAGACGGAAAAGGGGUAGAUGGAGAUAGAGGCAAGAAUUGAACCCCGCACCUAAAUUAACAGAAAAAGGGGUUGCCAAGAGGUGACACAAAGCUAGCUUUCUUGAUAAGAAACCGAUAAGGAAUUAUCGAUAAGAGGAUCCUCAUAGAGCUUCAAUACGUGGACGUGGCCUCACAUAUUACUUAUCUCCUACACAUUCACAACGUCGACAUCGAAUUUGGCGAUUGGACUAAUAAACAACAAAACAUUAGUCCAUGUAUAUGCGGGGGACCUAUAUCUGAAGAGAAUUACCCAAAUUCCUUCCAAGCCCCCUAAAUUCUGGGCAUUCGAACUAGUUAGCCCGCCAUGUACAACUCCCUGACUCGAAUACAAAAUGUAUUCGGCUUCUUCACUACCGUCGCAUUCGUCGUCGCCGCCCUAAUCGCCGCCUCCGACUUUACCACACCCCGAACCCCUAGCGCGACAAUAAAAACGACAAAUGUCCAAGUAGUAAAGGGUCGGCCACAUUAUUACAGCACCAAGAAAGAGGAAUAUGCCAUCAUUAAGUUUUCGCUUGAUGCCGACUUCUCGUCUUUAUUCACCUGGAACACGAAACAACUCUUCGUAUACGUAACAGCCGAAUGGCCCGUCGCCCCCGCCGGCGCCAAUAGCAUGAACCAAACCAACAAAGCCGUAAUUUGGGACACCAUCAUCACGAGCCCAAGCUCCGACCACCUGAGCAACAUUGGCCCCGCAGCAUUGAAGAAGUUACGCAAGAGCGCCGCCGGCAAGACUAUAGAUCCUAGCCGAGGCAAACUCACCCUCAAGAACCAAAAGCCCAAAUACCAAAUCACGCACCCAACGGGCCGUAUCGCCGAGACCGACGACGUCAAGCUACACGUCAACUACAACGUGCAGCCGUGGGUCGGUAUUCUGACCUGGAACCAGAACUUCGAUCUCGGGUUAUGGAAGCGGAUGAGCGACGGUAUUAGCAAAGCCUUCGAGUUACCUGCGUUAAAAAAGAAGGAUGGCGAGGAUAAGAAGAGCACUAAGAAGCCGAGGUAGUAUGCUAGAUGGUUCGAUGUAGAAGUGUCUUUGAUUUGGGCGUUAGGGAAUUAUCUAGCGUAUGUUAGGAAAAUCGUAGCCUGUUCUUCGCAACACCGUUUUUUCAUGAUGUGACUUUGAGGUGAUGCUAGGCCGCCUUGCAUUCUGUGUAUGUGUAC